UCGUGCAAUAAAAAGGCUCCUUCGCCCAGAUGCUAUUUAUGUGAAUCGGUUCAUGUGCGCCGAGAGUUUCAGCCCAAUUUUCUCUCUCUCUUUCUCGCGGGGUCAAUUCCAGAGCUGAAAUUCCGCCGUCACAGAGAGCGCACAGCUAUUUUUAGUUUGUUUUCAUCCGAGUCAGCUGGCGUGCGUUUGUGCCUUUUGAUUUCACCAUUUUUUCGCGACCCUCCAAACGUCCGGCUGACAUUUGAUUGUGCGAGCGUCUGAUGCGAGAACGCCGAGCGGUGAAAACUUUGCUGGGCCGUCCAAACCUCGAUCACAACGCCCGUCGAAAACGAAUUUACUUUGGGCAGGUCGGCCAGCGCGGUGCCCUUGGCCAACCCGCCCGAUGUUGACGACCCUGCCAGCAACAAGGCCCGGCCGCCCGCGCCGCUGAGCGUGCCCCAUGUGGCGUCCUCGCCCUCGAUGCACCCCAACAACAAACGCGCGACCUGGCGGGACGACUUCUUCGACGACGACGACGCCAACCCGCCCUCGGCGCCCAACAACAGCGGCAGCAGCAGCAGCUCCUCCACCAGCAGCUCACUCGAUGAAGCGGCCGCCCCUCCUGAUGGCGGAUGGGGAUGGGUUGUGGUGGCGGCGUCGUUCAUGGUCAACCUGAUCGCCGACGGCAUCACCCUCUCCUUUGGCGUCAUCUACCUGGACUUCUUGGACAAGUUCGAUGCCGGCAAGGGCAGCACCAUGUGGAUCGGCUCGUUGUUCAUGGCGAUGCCUCUGCUGUGCGGCCCGAUCGCCUCGUUUGCCACCGACCGCUACGGCUGCCGCAAAGUCACCAUGUUUGGCGCCGUCUUGGCCGCCGCUGGCUUUGUGCUCAGUUCGCAGUGCAACUCGAUGCUGCUGCUGCUAGUCACCUUCGGCAUCGCCGGCUUCGGCCUGGCGCUCUGCUACGUUGCCGCCGUCGUCAUCGUCGCCUACUGGUUUGAGCGGAGACGAUCCCUGGCCACCGGGAUCUCCCAGUGCGGCAGCGGCAUUGGCACUUUUAUUUUUGCGCCGCUCACACAGUUUCUUCUGUCAAAGUAUGGCUGGCAAGGAACAUCUUUCAUCUUGGCCGGCUGCUUCCUCAACCUGGCAGUCUGCGGCGCCCUGAUGCGCGACGUCCGGCCGCAGAGCAGGCAACGAAAACGCCUCUCGAGCGAGACAGAAAAAUCGACAGCGCCGCCGGCAGAGCUUCCGAAUCCGGACGAACUUCGGCAACUCCUGGAAAACGGCGGAGAGGAAGCGAACCGCCUGUGCAGCUCUCUGGUGGCCCUGCCGACCUUUGUCAAGAGCGGCGAAAAAGUCCCGCUGGAGGCGCUGCAGCGAUUGGCCGCCCAGAGGCCAAUGUACGACGUGCUCGUGCAAAACUACCCUGGCCUGCUCAUGUCCCACAGUAUGAGUGCCGGCGGCAGCAAAGAAGACACGGCUCUCGCCAUUCCCGAAAACACUCUUGCCCCUCCGCAGAAUUCGCACCAUCCGAGAAAACUGCACUCGGCCUUUCUCAAAGACCUAAGAGUUCACAGGCAUUCGCUAACAUACCGAGGAGCAAUGUUGAACAUCAAUCGCUACCGCUUGAGAGCUUCGUCCUGUCCGGACAUUUAUCGCAACUCAAUGACCACAAUUGAUGAAGAAAAAGACACGUGGUACUCGGGCCUAGCUGAAAUCAAGAGUGUGAUGCUGGACAUACUGGACUUCUCGUACUUCACAGAUCUUCGCUUCACGCUCUUCACCCUUUCGAACUUUCUCCUCUACUUGUGGUAUGAUGUGCCUUAUGUCUACCUGGCCGACUACGCCAAAGAGUUGGGCUUCGCGGAAAACAAAGCUUCGAUGUUGAUCAGCGUCAUUGGCUUGUUAAACAUGGUCGGAGAGAUUGUGCUUGGCUGGGUCGGAGACAAAACGUGGAUCAGUGCGAACCACGUGUACGCCAUCUGCAUGGUCAUCUGUGGCGCCGCCACUGCGUUGAUUCCACUUUUCACCGAUUACAACAUCAUUGCUGUGAUUGCGGGCGUGUUUGGCCUGUUCAUUGGUGCCAAUUACUCGCUUACAUCAAUUAUUGUGGUUGAGCUGAUCACACUGGACAAGUUCACGAAUGGUUACGGACUUCUGCUGCUCAUCCAGGGCAUUGCCAAUCUUGUAGGCCCACCAUUAGCCGGUUGGAUAUAUGACAUAACCGGAAACUACGACCUCUCAUUCUACCUAGGCGGCUUCUUUAUUGCCGUCUCUGGAGUUCUCCUCAUGAUUUUGCCCUUCGUCGAGACAGUCAAGAACCACAAAAGCAAAAGCCGCAAAGAGAAGAAGACGGUGAUGCAGGUCAACGGCAAGAAACCAACUCAAAUCAUCACUCCGACCACCGAGAAGGAAGCUAUGAAAGCCGCCAACGUUUGAAGUUUUAAAUUUUCUGAUGGGGAAGAAUCUCUCUCGUCGCCUCGUCCGGGGCGUAGCAUUUUUCCAGCUUUCCUUGCUUAAUUUUUGUAGCUCAAAGGUGAAACUCAAGGAAAGCAGUUGUUUGUUUGCUCUCAAGUGAUUUGGGCUUUAAGCGCACUGAGAAGAGAUUUUCUGUGUCGACCCGAGAGAGGGAUUUCAUGAAUGAUCUCAAAUAUAUGCGCGCAGGCAUCAUGCAAUAUUAAUUCACAAUCUUCCGCCUGCCAUUUUCGAUAUGCUUGAAAGCAACUUGUUGUUGCUGGACGAGUCAAGUUUCACUGGAAAUACGAAAGCUCGGUCAAGUCUGUCUGGCUCUUUCUAAUCAAAGUCAUUCUCGAGGGAUGGGCGUCGCACCAAAAGUUGCCACUGCCGCUGUGAUCGAAACCAUUCUGAAUUGCAGACAGCAUGGUCAUGUCAAGGGAAAAAUAAUUCUGCUAGACUUCAGUCAAUAAAAGACUAGAAGAGAAGACACUUACAUUGGAUGUAUAUUGUGUUCCUAUUUAUAUAAUAAUUAUACUUUUUGCCAUUUGUACGACCAACACUAAUUUUUCUUUGCGAAAAGGGCUGUUUCAAUGGGCUAUAUUAUUAAUUUGCAACUACGUACGAUAUGAUUGCCUGUAGAUGCCUUAACUUUGAUUUCUGCAAUUCAACUGGAAAAAUUAGAAGAGAAAAAAUGUAUACUGUGUAAUUCUGAAGGGGUAAUAAAACCUACAAGCUCAUAACAA